CUCUCCAUCCCUUUCCCCUGCAGCUCCACCCCAGCCUGUGUACAGUGAUGUCACCAUGAUAGCUCUCACCAGUGUCACCAGUCUGCUGCUGGUCAGCGCCGCCAUCGGAGGAGCUCUGCUUCUCUACGCCUAUCUGUGUAAGGCUCCACCAAGUGUUUCUGAGAUCAGCAAACCCAGCAUCAUUUAUGCUCAGGUGCAGACGGAACUCAGAUGCACCAUCAGAGGAGCUGGACAGCGGGAGCUCAGAGUGAGGUGGUCUACACUCAGUGCAGGCUCAGAGGAGCUGUCAGAGGGGGGCUCUCUGCUGGGCGGGGGGGAUCUGAGUGACCAGGCCUGUCUGCUGUCAGACUGUCAACACCACACAUCCGUCCUGACCGUGUGUCUGACCGUCUCUGAGGACCGAACCCAGUACCAGUGUGAGGUGCUGUGCAGGGGCCAGAGCAUCACCAGAGUGACCACAGUCCGGGUGAAAGUGGAGCCGUCUUUCCUCCAGAUCACCAGCAUCCCUCAGAUCCCCAAGGUGGAGAGGAGCCUGGUCCUCUGCUGUCGGCUGGAGAACUUCUACCCCCAGGAGGUGGACCUGGAGUGGUCCAGGAACGACGGGGAGCCGGUCUGUGGGGUCACACACUUCGGACCUUUCUCGGACCACACCCAGCUGUACAGCCUGUGGAGUAAGAUCCAGCUGCUCAUGGCCAGAGAGGACGAGAGGGCCGUCUACAGCUGCCGGGUCUACCACUCCAGCUUCCCUGCUCCGGGGUACAAGGACGCCCUGUACCACAUCAACACUCAAGGUAGCUCCACCUAA